AUGAAUAGACAGAGCGGUAUGAAUGCAGGCGUGCAGAACAAUCCACCCUCCCGAGUGGUGUAUCUGGGGUCGAUACCAUAUGAUCAAACAGAAGAGCAGAUCCUUGAUUUGUGCAGUAAUGUGGGGCCCGUGAUCAAUUUAAAAAUGAUGUUUGACCCUCAAACCGGCAGAUCGAAAGGAUAUGCGUUCAUCGAAUUUAGGGAUCUGGAAUCAAGUGCCAGUGCAGUACGUAAUUUGAACGGCUACCAACUAGGCUCCAGAUUUUUGAAAUGCGGCUACUCCAGUAAUAGUGAUAUAUCGGGUGUUUCACAGCAGCAACAACAGUAUAACGUCAGUAAUGGGAAUAACAACAAUAAUAAUGGAAAUAAUAACAAUAACAAUAACAAUAACAAUAACAAUAAUAAUAGUAAUAAUAAUAAUAAUAAUACUAAUAACAAUAAUAACAAUAAUGGCACCGAUUUUCAAAGCAGCGGAAAUGCAAAUUUCCUGAACCUGAAAUUUCCUGAAUUACCAUCAGGUAUCGAUGUCAACAUAAACAUGACCACUCCUGCUAUGAUGAUAUCUAGCGAACUGGCCAAAAAACCCAAAGAAGUACAGUUGAAAUUUCUACAAAAAUUCCAAGAUUGGACAAGAACGCAUCCCGAAGACGCUGUUUCUCUAUUAGAACUAUGUCCACAGCUGAGUUUUGUUACAGCGGAGCUACUGCUAACCAACGGGAUAUGUAAAGUGGAUGAUUUGAUUCCGUUAGCUUCCAGGCCGCAGGAAGAGGCGUCCCCUACAAAUAGCAGCAGUCUCAACGAGGUGGUGGACCCAGCUGCGCUCAACAAGCAGAAAGACCUAUUAAAGCAAGUAUUGCAAUUGAACGACAGUCAAAUUGCUAUUUUGCCCGACGAUGAAAGGAUGGCCAUUUGGGAUCUCAAACAAAAGGCCUUGAGGGGAGAAUUUGGUGCAUUCUGA